GUUAUUGUUUGCUUGUGUUCGUAUUUAGAAACGAAAAGUGUCAAAUUGUUGAAAAACCUUUUCGUGUGUGAAGUUUGCCAAAAAAAACAGAGAAGAUAUUUUAGUAAGCCUUGGGAUUUACAGUGAAUGCUCGAGGGCCUCCAUACGAACCUAAUACUAGUUGGGCUUUUGGGCAAUUCGAAGCCAACAAAACAAGGUUGACUGAACUUGUUGCUGGUGGCUAUAUUUCUAUUGCUCAUCAUAGUUUGCAGUCUAUGGAAAUAACCAGCAGAUAAAAGCAGUGGAAAUGUCUUCAGAUCGAUUUCACAAAGCAGCUAAAGAUGGGCUGCUCGAUGUGCUGAAGGAGGCCACACGCAAGGAUGCCAAUGCCAAGGACGAUGACUCAAUGACACCGGUGAUGUGGGCGGCAUUCGAGGGCCGUCUGGAUGCACUGCGUUUACUCUGUGGCAGAGGCGGUGAUCCCGACAAGUGUGAUCAAUUUGGCAAUACAACGCUUCAUCUGGCCGCUGCUAAAGGGCAUUUGCAUUGCGUUGAUUUCCUAAUCAAAUUCGGCGUGAACAUGUACGCCUUGGAUAUUGAUAGACACAAUGCCAAGGAUCUGGCAGCUAUCAAUAAUCGGGAUGAGAUUCUACGUUAUUUGGAUGCAGCCGCGGCCAAUUUUGAAGCUAACGAAAAAAAGAAGUCCAAGGCACUGAAAGAGAUCGCUGAAAAGGAGUGCGAGAAGCGCGUUAAGGAAUACAUGAAGCGGCAGCAGCAGCAACGUCAGUUCAACGAUUACUCCGAUCUUAAGCCGAGCAGUGGUCAGGGCUUGGGCGGCAGCAGCAGCAAGUCUAGCAAUAUGCUGUCCACACUGAAGCAGAAGAUUUGGUCCAGUCAGGGCAAUCUGAACAAGACGCCGCGCGAGCAGCCGGCUGUGCCUGUGCCUCCCCAGCCGUUGCGUAGCGGCGCCAAGUUCAGUGAUCUGGUGGGCAGCGGCAGCAGCAGCAGUGGCGGCUCCACCAUUGCCAGUCGCAUGGGCACCGUGCAAAAGAAGCAGCAACAACAGCAGCAGGCUAAAUCACAGCACUCAAGUGCCUGUCCACAUGCAACAGCCGCCGAUGGCGGCUUCAAGGUGCGUGAAUUGGAGCCCGAUGGCAAGCGUACGAUUACAUCACUGACGGGAUUGCAACGUGACUCGGAGGUGCUCUAUGUGGGCACCUUUAGUUCCAACGAGGAUGGCAGUGGCAAGCGUGGCAAGAUCGCUGACGUAUUCGAAGUGGACGAUGGCGCCGAGCGCGAUGCGUGCAGAUCCGGUUACAGCACGGCGCUGGCACGCUCCUUCUCCCAGCCGGAUAUUCUGGGUGAUGGGCAGCUGGCGCAGGAACUAAGCGAGGAACUGGUGCUGCAGCGACCAAUCGGCCUCUUCGAUCGUCCCACCAUGCUGGGCAGCAUUGCCUUCAGGCGCUCAGUGACGGCGGCGCUCAGCCAGCUACAGCUGCAGGCACAGGACACCGUCGACAGCAUAUCCAGCUCGACCAUGCGAAACGCGGGCAGCACCAGCAGCAGCCACAACAAUAACAAUAACAACAACAGCAACAAAUCACGCUCUAGCAAUGGAAAGGCGCGCUUGUAUUUGAAUCUAUCCGAUGACUCAGACUCGGAAGCCGAGGGUGAUGAUGUCUACAGCGAGGAUGAGGACGAUCAGGAGGGAGCAGCCAGUGCCUUGCAGCGUUUUCUCACCGUCUGGGCACUGGAUGAGUAUCUGCCAGUUUUUCAGAAACAGGAAAUUGAUUUGGAGACGCUCAUGCUGCUAACGGAGGCGGAUCUUAAAUCGUUGGGUCUGCCGCUGGGACCCUUCCGUAAGCUCACCUUUGCAAUACAGGAGCGACGAAAUGCUCUCGCCAAUCCCGGGCCCAUGGUGGACAGUCGGCUAUAGUUAUGUAACAAUAUUGCUUAGAGCUUUAAUAAAACAACAAUUGAUGUGUUAGGACUAAUAAUCAAUAGUAAAGAAACAAAC